AUGGUUUCCACAAGAUGGGGUGGUCUUGCGGCUCGGGGCGUCUUUCUUGUCUCUUCCCACUUUGUCCAGAGAGCAGACAAGGCCAUAUACAGCAGCAACACCGUUACAGCCGUCAACACGCUUCAGGGUUGGUACAAUACUGGACAGGGUCUCUGGGACACCGCCGGGUGGUGGAACAGCGCCAACUGCCUGACGGUGCUCGCCGACUUUGCCACCCUAGACGGCAUUGACGCGAACACAUUGGACAUUGCCGGCAUCAUUUCCAACACCUUUACCAAUGCACAGAAGACCCCCAUGGCUGUUCAAAAGUCCAUGUCGUCCACGGGCAUGAUACAGUCGACCUACACUGUGACGAGCACUGAGACGCGGUCUGGUCUUGCUACGCGGGGCUUUGAGGGCUUCCUCAACGACUUCUAUGACGACGAAGGUUGGUGGGCCUUGGCGCUGGUCCGGUCGUGGGAUCUGGUCCACGAUGACAGAUACCUGGACAUGGCGCAGCUCAUCUUUGAGGACAUGAAGAACGGGACAGACGACGUCUGCGGUGGCGGUAUCUGGUGGAGCAGGGAGCGGGCCUACAAGAAUGCCAUCGCCAACGGGCUGUACCUCAGCCUCGCAGCCAGCCUCGCAAACCGCGUCACCAGCAACCAGGGCUACUUCCUGGACAUCGCCAAGGAGGAGUGGGCGUGGUUCAAGAACAGCGGCAUGAUCAACAAGAACAACCACAUCAACGACGGCCUGACCAUCAGAGCCGACGGCACGUGCGUCAACAACGGCAUGAACACGUGGUCAUACAACCAAGGCGUCGUGCUGGGCGGCCUGGUCGAGCUCGCCAAGGCCACGGGCGACCCGUCGUACCUGUCCGAGGCCGAGGCCCUCGCCAUGGCGGCCAUCUCGCUGCUCUCGGACGCCAACGGCAUCAUCCACGAGGCGGCGUGCGAGCCCAAGUGCGGCCCCGACGCCAGCCAGUUCAAGGGCAUCUUCGUCCGGAACCUGGGCUACCUGCAGCGGGCGGCGCCGCAGGACGCCUACAAAGUCAGCAUCCUCAAGAACGCCGACUCGAUCUGGGCAACCGCCCGGAACCCCGCGGGUGGCAGGAUCGGCGUCGUCUGGUCUGGUCCCUACGAUGUCGGUAGCGGACCCACGGCGGCAACGCACAGCUCCGCCAUGGAUGCCUUGGUUGCCGCGAUUGGGGCUGCCGACACAAACAUGGACGCACCCGAGGAGGACCAAGAUAUCAAGCUCCAAAGGAUCUCGAGCGACCUGAUUGAGGACUUUGAUCGGUCUCUUCUACCGUAUCUACGCAAGUCCGAUGGCUCUGGGGGAACAAUCGUCAGAAGGCGAGUGCGCUCUCGUGAGACGGGCCGGUUGGUUUCCACGCUGCUGGACCCGUUCCAGGAACUACCACAGCUUCUGGACCCGCAGCUACCGAAAUGGCUGCCCGUCUUGGCCGAGAGCUUUCUUGAGUAUCUCCAGACCCGCAGGCGCUCCAAGCCCCUGUCAACGCGUUCGGAUCUCUUGAUGCCCUUGUCUGCCGGCAUCUGCAGGAUACUGUACACCUUCUGCAAGAUCCGCGGCGAGAAGGUCGUCGUUCGCUUCCUUAACAAUGAGACCAGAUAUCUCGACGUCUUAUUAUCCGCCCUGGAAGAUUCCGAGCGGAAGAUAGAUCCCGCCGCCGUCGAGUGGACGUGGGAGCAGCGGUACGUCGUGCUGCUCUGGCUCUCGCAUCUCUUCCUGGCCCCUUUCGACCUGGCGACCAUCUCGUCUGUCGACGUUGACGAGGAGGAACUGCCAGCCAUUCCCGGAUUCCAGUGGCCCGCCAAUCUCCCGGCCAUUACCGUCAGGAUAUUGCCUCUGGCUAUCAAGUACUUGGCGUCCCCGGGCAAGGAGAGAGAUGCAGCGAAGGCCCUGCUUGUACGGGUGGCAAUGCGACGGGAUAUGCAAGACCUCGGCGUCCUGGACGCCCUGGUGCAGUGGGCUCUUGCUUCCCUUCGUCUCCAGAAGGACAUUGCGUCCCAGACGUCUUAUUACCACAUAGGCGUGCUCUCCUUCCUUGCCGGCAUCUUGGCUUCCUCGGCCAACACGUCGGAUAUGGACAAGUACUUGUUUAAAAUCUUCGAGGCCGCUCACGCUGCCUCGUCCGACUCGGUCGGCGCCAUAACCUCGUCGGCCCUGGCAAGAAAGACGCUAAUUAAGGUCAUGCGCUCCAUCACUGUCCUGGUACUACGGAAUCAACAACUGGACAUGGCCGGGACCGAGCUGGUCGAGACUACCAUCGGCCACCUGCUGGAACGUCUCGCUGACAAUGACACGCCAGUGCGUUUGGCGGCCAGUAAAGCCUUGAGCGUGACCACCCUGAAGUUAGAUAUGGAGAUGGCGUCACAGGUCGUUGAGGCAGUCCUGGAAUCCCUGAGUCGGAAUGUGUUGUGGACGCAAAACCCUACGAAUCCGUCCGCGGCGCCGACCAGAGACCUCAGCGCGGUUGACCCCCUGGAAUGGCACGGUCUGAUGCUAACACUGUCUCAUCUACUCUAUCGACGAUCUCCACCGGCGGAGAAGCUGUCGGAUAUCAUUCAAGCCCUGUUGAUGGGCCUGUCGUUUGAGCAGAGGAGCUCCUCCGGAAACACGGUUGGAACUAAUGUCAGGGAUGCAUCAUGCUUCGGCAUAUGGGCCAUUGCUAGGCGAUACACUACGAAGGAGCUGCUGGCCGUGCCCACCAAGUCUAUUUCGGCGGCCAGGCAUCACCCUGCCCAAUCCUCCGUCCUGCAGAUCCUCGCCACGGAGCUUAUCGUGACCGCAUCGCUGGAUCCGGCCGGGAACAUCAGGCGAGGUUCCUCGGCAGCGCUGCAAGAACUAAUCGGCAGGCAUCCCGAUGUCGCCGAGAAGGGCAUCUGGGUGGUCCAGACGGUAGAUUAUCACGCCGUGGCGCUGCGGGCGAGAGCCAUACAACAAGUGGCCCUGGAAGCCACCAGACUAGCCGCCCAGUACGGUGAGGCGAUGCUGGAGGCUCUACUGUCCUGGAGGGGUAUUGGAGAUGUUGAACCCGCCGCCCGCAGGGUCGCCGCGGCAUCAUUUGGGGUCGUUGCGGCCGAACUUGUCGUUUCAUCCCCCGACCCGGUGCAACAGCUGAGCGGUACUAUUGAAGUUGUCCUUCAGCGCCUCCGGCUCCUGCAACAUCGGCAAGUCGAGGAACGUCAUGGACUCCUACUCGCCUUUGCAGCUGUCCUGGACCAUUUUCCGGCACUGAUGGAUCCGGCCGAGGGCAGGAAACCGCCAUCUGGCGCCACGAUGGAUGGUCUAUUACGGCAGGUGAUGGGCUCCCUGGAAGGGAUUCUCACUGACUGCAAAACCAAAACCCACCGGCGGCCCGAGCUUGUCGCCGAGGCAGCAAGCCGUCUCGUGGUCUCAUCAUUCCCGCUGUUCCAGGCUGCAAUGCUGGGCCCAAAUGGUGAGACCGAGAGCCUGCCUUCACGCUUUUCGGACAUGGUAUCGGCCCUGGACUCGGUAGGCGAGUCGAGACGCCACCGCAUUCGCACUCUGGUACCUCUCAUCAGCUCCAACCUGAGCGAGUGGAUGAAACGGUCAGAGCACGAGAACAUCGUGGCGACAUCCCAAACGGGGCUGGUGUUCCUGUCCGUGUGCGAACCAGACGUUCGGGAGGAGACAAUUCGGAGAUGGGCCGAAGCUGUCAGGCUCGUUCCGACGUCUCGUACGGGAUCCGUCGGAGGGCAGUUUGCAGCACUGGUCAAGGCUUACCCGACCGUGUCGACUCUCAAUCUCCACCAGCCAGAGGACAGCGCCUUGAUCUGCAAUGCCAUCCUCGAGCGGUGGGCGGGCGACAAGGACAUAGAUACCCGCGUGUCCAUCCUCCAGAGCCUGACGCAGAGCGCCAUGCUGAAGCAGAACGCUGUCGACUUCCUUGGCCUCGUAGAAGAGGGCCUGGACGACUACACGACGGAUGCUAGAGGCGACGUUGGCUCACACGUACGACUACAGGCGAUAAGAGCCACGGGAUCACUCUGGCAGACCCUGCACGACGAACAACAACAGCCCGAGGGCCUCCAAACCCUAGUAUCUAGCAGCCUCUUCCUGAGGAUCCUGCGUCUGGCCGCGGAGAAGCUCGACAGAGUGAGAGUAGAGGCGCAGACCACAUUGGCACUGGCAUUGGGUCCAGACCACGCCGCACGUCUCAGCAGGCUGACCUUCUCCUCGCGGGCCUACUUCCGCUUCCUCCUCGACCUGCUUUCCAACGACUGGCUGCACCCGGCCGUCUCAGCCACGGCCAAGGCCGACCCGGACCGGUGGAUGGGCGAGCUGAUGGCGGGCUACGUGUCGUCGGCCGACACGGGCAACGAGGACCUCGUGAUAGCCAGCCGGGCGGCCCUCACCGACUUCUGCGACGACGACGACGACGGCGGCGGGGGCGGGUCCCCGGCGUCCCGGGACGCCGUGUGCGCGGCGCUGGCGCGCAACCUCGGGUGGCGGCGGCGGGGCGCCCUGGAGGACCGCGUCGUCGUGCCGUCGCUGGAGAUGGUGGCGUUCCUCGCGCGCGCCGGCGUGCUCGCGCGGUGCGGGCCCGCCGUCGUCGACCGCGCGGCGCUGUGCCUCGGCGCGCAGAGGGCGUGCUACAAGACGGGCAACGUGCGCAAGAUCGAGGCCUGCAUCAGGGUCUACGGCGCCGUGGCCGCGCUGGCGGGUGGCGGCCCGGGGUCGGGGGAGCCGAGGAGCGACGGCGACGGCGGUAGGCAGGCGAGGCGCCGGCUUGGGGCGCUGCUCUUCCACCCCUGGCCGCGGGUUAGGGCCAUGGUGAUUGAUGAGCUGUGGGGUCUCAUCUCCGGAGUUGGCCACGUGCGGGCAGAGAGGCUCAAGGGUGUCGACUGGGGCAGGGCCGAGAAAGGGGCUAUCAAGGAGUUGGUCGAGGCCCUGGACUUGGCAUAA